UGAAAUUUGGUAUAAAGAUAAGGUAUUAGCUGACUUAGAUAAUAGGAUACUGUUUAUUCCACUUAACAUUUCCUUUGGGUCCAUGCGGGCGAAGCCGCUGGCGCAAGCUAGUAUAAAAUAAAUUAUAAAAUAUAUUUAUUUUAACAUAAGUUAAACAAGAUUAUUGUGUACGAUGCUAUUUUUUUAUAAUGUAACACAUAAUGGAGUGAACUCUUUAACGUUGAAAACCUCCUGCUUAAAUUUAUAGUUUUUAUUAAUGACAACUUGGUGUUUAAAUUUUUUUUUUACUCUUCUUCUUGAUGUUGUCAAUAAAAUGGUUUUUCAAGUUUCGGUUGUUUGAAAAAGCUUUUUUUAAUUUCUUCCUUUAAGUUCACAUAAAUAUCAAGUGGCAAAAUAUAUACUGAAUUAAUUACCUUUAAGUGUUUUACGAUACAUAAUUUAAAUAUGGCAAAUAAAAUAAAAAUUAAGAAAUAUUUUUUGUGAUUCUACUCGGCUUGCUUACUCAGCUAGCCUAGUCGACGAAAGUCUUAAUAGAAUAUUAUUGCCAUUAUACAUAGUAUUGAAUGUAAAAAACCAAAAGUGUCAGAAGCCGAAGCCAGUAAAAUCUAUUUAAAAAAUAAAAUCUUAUGUAUGUUUUCAAAUAUUUGAAAAAUGAUCGUUUUCAUAGAUUCGUAUUUUUAAAACUUAAUUAAUUAAUUGUUACAGUAAAGUUUUAAGCAUUUUGUGUGUUUCAAAAUGAGCCAUUUUGAGUUUGCUAUACCUUUGCAGAAAGAUGAAUUGUUAGAGUCACAUGCUGGACAGUACCAUGUCGAAGAUGUUGUUCAACCAAGAUUAUUACUUUCCAAACUCCAAGAUGCGGCCAGAGCUUACAACAGUGAAGGAGUAGAAUAUAUAAUUGAACAUUUUGAUACUUAUUUUUCCAUAAUAGUUCAUGGAAAUAAAUUGGAAUGGAACAUUAUAAACAAAGGUAAAAUGGCCUAAUUAUUUUUUGGAAUUCAAAAAUGUGUA